GAAAUCGUGCAGGCAGGACGUGCGCCUGCUUCCCUAUAUCUUCACGUGCCGCGCGCCCGGGCGGGAACACGCCAGCUCAGGCAGGAAAACAUGGGACAAGUUCGCGAAGGUACGACUUGGCUUUCCGUGAUUUGGCGAGUGUGUAACGUUUUCAUGUCGUUGUUCUUCGCUCUCGCCACAUAUGUACAGAUCAAUGAUCCAGACGCGGGGAUGUGGAUGGUGGGUUAUGGAGUUCCUUCAGUCCUCUGUGCUUUGAUCAGCUGGAAACCUCUCGUUUCAGAACACUUGGCGUGGCGGCGCAUGGCCGAUCUUCACGUCAUGAUCUCCAGCGGCGUCGUCAUCAUGUUGGGUUGGAGAAUCCACAAAGAGCAAAUCACACAGAUCUUUCAGCAGGAGGAGGGCAGAGAAUUUUUUGGUCUGUUGUUGACGUCCAUGUGGCUUCUGCUGUGUCGACACUCUGGGAGAAGUGCAGUGGGAAAACUACGAGUCUUCACUGCGGUGGCCAUUGCUCUGUUCCCCUUCAUCACAUGGUUUUAUUACCACGUCAACAAAGAGCUGAGGUCUGAGUGGCCGUCGCACUGUAAAACAGCCAUUUAGACGCAGUCAGGGAGCUUUUUUUUUAUGACUGAAAUCCACUGUGGACAAACAGUUUGCUGCUUCAAUAAAAGUGUUUUUGUAUCAUCACAUACAA